AUGCCCACUUCACUUUCAGCCUGGCAACGGGGGUGGUUGACACUAGGGAGUACCACUCUGCCCGCUUUUCUCCUGCUCCUUUCCAGCUUUCAGGUAAUGGGCUCAAUACUUGAAGAUGUCAUUUAUAAACGAGCUGAGUAUCAGGAAAAUUGUACCAGGACCUUAGCAUCCACCUCCUUCUCAAGAACUGGAGUCUAUUGUAAUGGGACUUUUGACCUCUUUGCCUGCUGGCCACAUUCACCUCCUGGGAAUGUGUCUGUGUCAUGUCCCGUGUAUCUGCCCUGGAUUAAGGAGGGAGAGUCAAAGUAUGUGUACCGUGUGUGCACCCCCAGCGGAGCCUGGCGUACCAUGGAGAACUCUACUGAUGUGUGGCGGGACCAAUCAGAGUGUGUCAACCCACAAUACUUCAAACCACAGGAAGAAGAUGUGCUUCUCCACUCAGUACUACGCAUCAUCUCCAUCAUUGGAUACUCCCUGUCUCUCUUCUCUCUUUUGCUGGCUGUCCUCAUCCUGGGCCUUCUGAGGAAGCUUCACUGCACAAGAAAUUACAUACACAUGAACCUGUUUGUGUCAUUUAUGCUACGAGCAAUGGCAAUCAUGAUAAAAGAAGUCAUCCUACAAGUCAUGUACUCUAACCUGCCCACUGAUGAAACUGGAUGGAAUGAAUAUACCAAUUCAGCGAUCUCUGUGCUAUGCAAGGCUACUCAAGUGUCCAUGCACUACUUUGUGGGAGGGAAUUACUUCUGGCUUUUGGUGGAAGGGAUAUUCCUCCACACUCUUUUAUUCACUGCAGUGCUCACCAAAAGAAGGUUGUUGAAGAAAUACAUGCUCAUCGGCUGGGGAACACCCUUUCUGUUUGUGGUGCCGUGGACAGUAACAAAAACUUUAUAUGAAAAUCAAGGGUGCUGGUUCAAUAACAGCACAUGGAUCUGGUGGAUAAUUAGAGGACCAAUAACAUUAUCUGUUGCAAUUGUCUUUUACAUAUUUAUUAAAAUAAUGACAUUGCUGCUUUCCAAGUUAAAAGCAGACCAGAUGAAAUUUACCGACUACAGGUACAGUUUAGCCAGAGCAACAUUGGUGUUAAUUCCAUUGCUGGGGAUCCAUGAGGUGGUGUUCACAUUUAUCUUUGAUGAAUAUGUGGACGGACGAACACGCUAUGUACGAAACUUCAUCAAUCUGACGAUCAGCUCUUUCCAGGGCCUCUUUGUUGCCAUUUUAUACUGUUUUGCCAAUGGAGAGGUCCAAGCAGAACUCAAGAAACGCUGGCAGCUCUUCAUCUUUGCCAACCACUUUGAUGUGCAGGACUGCUUCCAGAAGACCCAGUUCAAAUACCUAUGGAAGUGCUCGAGGAGGCAGCCUGCCCGUGGCUCUGGCCAGAGUGAGCCCUGCGGGGAGAGCAGCGUCCCCUGUAACGUGCAGCUUCUGCAGGUGACCAUCAGGUCCAGAGGGGAGUUCCAGCGUGGCCGACCCACUGGCAUAGAGUUCUAUGCCAGGGGAAGCCUCUCCAGCAGCGAAGGGGAAAUGACUCUGGGGGAGACCUUGGAGGAAAUACUGGAGGAGAGCGAGUUUUAA